AAGAGCUUCAUGAACACGCUCUCCACACAAAAAGCUUAAAUCUCAAACAUCUUGCUCGCAUGAUGAGAAGAAAGACCUAUGGCUUCACUAAAUAAUAAUCCAAGAGACAGCGGCCCAAAGGCAACGGAGCUGCCGUGUGUUUCUCCUUGACCAACAACCUCAUCCCCUCUAUUUAUCAAUAUCAUUGUUUGUUAGCCACCGCAGUUUACACCUUCCCCUCCUUUCCUUCCUUCCCUUAGCAUAACAAUUUGUUGCACUAAACGUAGGUCUUUAUGUUCUCUUCGAGAUCCCAAGUCUCGAUCCGAGCACAGAGGUAGUCCUCAAAUAGGUCAAGUGAAGGACCCCAUACCCAACCAAUCUGGGGUUUAGGUUUCUUUCAUAGUCUGAGCUUGUUCAUAUGAGAUUCAAAUUUCUGAGUAGCAUCCGAUCUUUGUACGUUGAGCGUCUUGAUUGUUUUAUGUAAGGGUUUCGUCGUUCUGACCAAACAAGGAGGAACGGCUAUGGAAGGAGGGGAUAAGGAGGAGCAGCUGCCUCCCGGAUUUAGGUUUCACCCCACUGAUGAAGAGCUCAUCACUUUCUACCUGAGCCACAAAAUAUCCGAAGCUAAUUUUAGUGCAAGAGCAAUCACUGAGGUCGACCUCAACAAGUGCGAGCCAUGGGAUCUCCCAGCUAAGGCAAAGAUGGGAGAAAAAGAAUGGUAUUUCUUCAACCUACGUGACCGCAAGUACCCAACCGGAGUCCGAACCAACCGAGCGACGAACGCCGGCUACUGGAAGACAACUGGCAAAGACAAGGAGAUCUUUAGUGGCCAGACCUCGGAGCUCGUAGGGAUGAAGAAGACGCUGGUUUUCUACAAAGGAAGAGCUCCUAGAGGGGAGAAGACCAACUGGGUCAUGCAUGAGUACCGCCUGCAAUCCAAAUCUGCCACCAAAGCCAACAAGGCGAUCGACAUGCAGGACGAGUGGGUGGUCUGCCGUGUGUUCAUGAAGAGCUCCAGCGGGAAGAAGUACCUGUCGAGCCAGUCCCGCGGCAACCCCUACCACCACCACCACCACCACCACCUGGGCAUGGUGCAGCCCGAGGCGCCCCACUUCGGGGUAGGCGGCCGCAACUACCUCACCACCAGCGCCGACCUCGCGGAGCUGUCGAGGUUCGCUAGGGGCACCCCGGGAUCGAACCUCCCCAUCCAACCCCAGUUCGACUUCCCUCCCUUCACCCUCUCUGGCCUCAACGUCGGCCUGGGGGGUCAGAGGACGAUGCCGCCGGUCCCUCUACCCCAUCAGCCCCAGCUGGUGGCCGAACCCACCUCGUCGGUGCUGGCCAAUAGCUGCGUCAUGGCAGCGGACGAGGGGUUCAAUGCGGACGUCCUGGUGACUUCUACCGGGACCGGGGGAAGGUACCACCAGCAAAUUGAUCCAUGCGUCGAGUUCGAUCAGGGCUACUGGCCUUCUUACUGACAAAAUAGUGCAAGGAUCGCGGCCCCCGCUGAUACAUGGAGUCUAUUAAUUGUGAACUGCUUUUCUUGUUUGUAUCACUACUUGUAGUAUCGAAGCUUUUGCAUGCAUUAUGCUCUUUUCUUCUA